GUAGUAGCCGAGGUGUUUCAGACCAGACGUUUGGGACGUGUUUUUUCUAUGUUUUUUUUUUUUUUUUUGCAGUGGAAAAAAAAGUUUUAGUCGGACUACCUGCAGCAACAGUGUUCUUGUCAUCUUUCCUCCUGACAAAACCAAAGUAACGGGAACAGUUCCAGCCGCUAAGGAAAUCCUCUCGAAACAUCAGCAGCACCUGCAGAGACAGAGAGAUGCCGUCGCCUACAGGAUGAAGAAGCUGGCAGCUAAGCAGGUGGAGAUAACAAAAAAGACCAAUGCAGUGAAGGAGAAAAUCAAGAAAAAGUACGAAGACAUGAAGAAGGUCCUGGAUGAGGAUCUUCACAUCACACUGACCCAGCUGGACACAGAGUGUGAGGCCUCAGAGAAGUUGGUGGAGGACAGGAUAGAGGAGUGUUACCACCUCACUCAGCAGCUGGACCAGGAGCUGUCCAACGUCGAUGCCCAAGUGAAAACACAGAAUGCUGAAACAGAAAAAAGAGUAUCUGAGACUCUGAAGCUGACUGACCCUGACCUGAUUCAAAUGGACGAGUUUAAGAACGAACAACUGCUGAGUCUCACGAUCAACCUGCUGCUGUUCAUCAGAUCCCAGGUUCCUGUCACCAAGAGACUGUUUCAGACCUACGCCGCAGAUGUUGUCCUUGACGCCGACACCGCUCACCCCAAGCUGAUCAUCUCUCCCAAAGGUGACUCAGUGACCUACACAGACACCUGGCAGGAUGUCCCAGAGACUCCCUCCCGCUUUGACACCACCCUAAAUGUCGUCAGCCAGCAAGGCUUCAGCGAAGGCCGCCAGUACUGGGAGGUGGAUGUGAGUGGGAAGACCUACUGGGAGCUGGGGCUCACCUACCCGAGCAUCCCACGCAAGGGCCGCGACGAGGACUCGUGGCUGGGCCGAGGCAAAGAGUCGUGGUGUGUGGAGUACUUUAACGGAGACUACACAGCCUGGCACGGUGGUGUUCAGCGUGAGCUGCCUCUGCUGACAGGAAAACAGUUCACUCGUAUCGGGGUUUACAGCAGCUUCCCUGGGGGGUUGGUGUGCUUUCUGGGAGCUGAUACAAUGACCCCCCUCUACUGCUUCAGCGCUGGGACCUUCACUGACAUCCUGCAUCAAGCAUUAUGUCCUGGGCAUGACAAUGAAGGCACAAACUGGACGUCCCUUAAGAUUUGUGAUGCCUCCCGAUCAGCUCCUGUUCUUUGAGGUGGGACAGGAAGGAAGGGGCAGUGACAGCCAGGAAUGCACUGCGCUGUGGGGCAUGCGCAUCAGCUGCCUGAUCUGACAUAAUUGGUGACACUGUCAUCAGUUCAGGAUGCUGUGCGUGUCAGGCUUGUCUAAAUUUGCCUAAAGGACAUUUUAAAGUGAUCUCUAUUUUUGAUUCACAGGUGGUGUGGGUCAUUUCCAGUCAAUCAUGCUUUUCUUUUCAGUGGAUAUAGUGAAGCUGACAUGUUGUCUUUCAUACUCAUGCAAAGUGUUCCUUUUUAAAUGUUUAUUUUAAAUGCUAUGACGAAUCAGGGAAUUGCAACAGAUGUUGAGCUGGUAAGAGAGGCCUUUAAUUAAGAAAUAAUGAUACAAUUAUUUCAUAAGAUAGAUCUGCUUUUUAACACUCAUCAAGAAGUUGGAUGUGUCUACUAUUACUUAGCAAAUUGAAUUUAAAGGAUAAAGCUGGUGAUGUUCUGUUGUCAACAAAUCCUAUUAAAAUGCCAAAUGCCAGUCGUCAGAAUUGCUUGCAUUGUCCAUCUAUCCAUCUAUCAAUUUUCAUCCGCUUAUCUGGGGCUGGCAGGCUCAGCAAAGAACUCCAGACAUCCCUCCCCCCAGCAAUGCUUUCCAGCUCCUCUUAGGGAGGAGGUGUUCCCAGGCCAGAUGAGAUAUAUAAUCCCUCCAUCUUAUUCUGGGUCUGCCCCGGGGCCUCCUACCAGCUGGACGUGCCAUGCUGGCAUUGUACGUCUCUGCAAACCACAGAUAUGUUAGAUUUGUGUGUUUCAUACGUAUCAUAUUAACUUUAACGUAGCUACGUAUAUGAGCUGAUUUUGUCAUCUAAAGGUGGAGAAGAUGGUGGAUGGUGUGUCACCUGGGCGAGACACCUGUCAAACUGCAGAGCACUGCUGAGACCAGCAAACAGCAAAACUGGUUGUUUUAUGGUGAGUCAUCAGUGUGUUUUCAGUUGCUUUUAGACACCAAACAUGGGUGUUCUCUAGUUUUUCCACCAGGGAUAGUACCAUGAAAAGUGAUUUUUUUUUUUUUACCAAGACAUUGCUGCUUUUCCUGCCAAGAUUGUGUCACAAAAAUGGGUAUUUUAGGCCAAAACAUUAUCUUUUUCUACCCAUAACCAACUGGUUUUUGUCCCUAAACUUAACCAUGUGUUAAACAAAGCAUUGUUGAAAAGUAGUUUGAGCAUGUUCACUGCAUAAUGCAUCUGUGGUUUGCAUUAAUGUACAAUGCCUUCAUUUAUUCUGGUGACUGGGUCGUUAGUCCACCUCUCAAUACUUUUGAACUCUCCCACUCUCUCUGUGGCUCUCGGCCCCAAGAUCAUUGUGUCAUACUGAAGUUGUAAAUCUUGGGCACAGAUUUAGUUUCAUAUAUAUGUAACCAGUGGGCUGUAAUAAUGUCUGCAUUGUGUUGAUAUAAAGCGGCCCAACCUGUGGAUAUCUUCAGAGGCGAUCUCCAUUUAUUCCUCUCGUGACAGCAAGUGGCAAAAAUAAAACAAACAUACAAACCCGAGCCCUUCUCCCACAGAGCACAGCAGCAGAAGGGUGGGGUACCCCCAGAGGUGAACGUAGAGGUAAAAAAACUGUGUUAAACGUUCCACAUAUUGAGUUCAGAAGCCGAAGCAAGUCAGGUAAAGCAAAACAUAUUUGUAAUACUUAAUAUUAAACAUGUACAUUUGACUUUGUUACACAUAUUACUGCUGUAUGAUUGACCCUGUUACAUAUAUAUAAUAAGGUAAUUUUCUAAAACUGCAGGGCACUGUAUCAAUUAUUACCCAAAUAGAGGUAAACUAUGCAUUGCUUAGGGACUAUUUUCAGCUGUGGAUGAAUACACGUUUGCUCAAGUAAGAGUUCACAAUAGCAAUCUUUGUUGGUUUUGGUUUUCAUCAUUGUAGUUGACGAAAAAAAUGAGAAAUAACACAAGCCUUAUCCUUUGACUUAAACUAAAAGGCUUUUUAUUGGGCUUUAUUUUUUACCAAUGAACCUAUUAAGUUUUCAUUGUUCUCAAUAUUGGUUUAAAGUGAUAUUUAGUGUAUUCAUAACCAUAUUACAAACAUGUUCCUUGUGUAAAAAAAAAAUGUCUUUCAAUGUGAUCUGUGUUUGCGGAUGUGCAAGAAAAAUGACAGCUCAUUACAGAAUAAAUUCUUUAUGUUUAAUACAAUAAAAUGUUUACAUAAGCAUUCGUCUGUUUUGAAGAUAUUUAAACAAGGUAUUGCCCCAAAUUAAAAAGAAAAUUGGGCCAGAUUAUACUUUCAAUGUAAUUCAUUCAUUCAUUUUUUUUCCAAAUCUUUUCAAAUAUAUUCCUGAGGACAACAGCAUUUAACACCGGAAAGCAUUUAAAAUUUUACCCUUAAAAAUAUAUAUAUUAUUUUUUUCUCCCCUCCUUCAAUUCCAAUGCAAAACAAGUGGAGCAAACACUCCUUUCAGCACAGGUUGGGCACCACAUCACUGAUCAGAGAUCCAUGUGUCGAGAGUUGUGGCUGUAUUGGACAAGUGCACUGGGUGUAGAAUGGGACAUGUCUCAUACUUAAAGGGACAGUUCACCCCAAAAUCAGCAAUACAUAUUUUUCCUCUUACCUGUUGUGUUAUUUAUCGAUCUAAAUUGUUUUGGUGUUAGUUGCAGUGUGUUGGAGAUAUCAGCUGUGGAGAUGUCUGCCUUCUCUCAUUAUAAUGGAACUAGAUGCCAAAAAAUACAUUAAAUACAACAGCAAUGUCUCUUUAGAGAAAUCAUGACCUGGUUACUCAAGAUAAUCCACAGACCUUAUUGUGAGCAGUUUCAUGUCGGAAAUAUUAUUUUCAUUCUACCAACCAACACCUGCAACUGCAACAUCGCACAUAAGGAAGUGUGCAUCUACUCAAGGAUAGGAGACUUGUGCUUGUGACAGCGCAAGACGCAAACAUUAAUGGCGUCCUCUCCAGCUAAGCUGUCACGUUAACUAGCUCAGGUGAGCUAGCAGUAGCCUCUCAUCCACGAGUAGAUGCACACUUGAUUCAGUUGAAUGUUCUCACAACAAGGUCUGUGGAUUAUCUUGAGUAACCGAGUCAUGAUUUCUGGAAAGAGACACUGAUGUUGAGUUUUUCAAAUGUAUUUUUUGGCGCUUUGAGCACCUCAAACCAAGUGCCAUCUAGUUUCAUUAUAUUCCAGAGAAGGCAGACAUCUCUACGGACGAUAUCUCCAACACUCCGCAGCUCACACCAAAACAAUCGAGAUUAAUAAACAGCACUAAAGUUAAGAGAAAACAUAUGUAGUUUUGAUUUUGGGGUGAACCGUCCCUUUAAGCCAGUAUUGAUCACACUUAUGUAAUAGUGUUAUCAAAAUAAAAAAAAAAAACAACUGAUAAAAAAUACAAGGAGUGAAAAGGGGGAAAUAUUUUGACACGUUAAAGCUAUUGCUGAACUUUU